UGAUGGAGGAGAGUGAAGAGCAGAAAACUCAUCACGGCAAAAACAGUGAUAACAUUCGCUCACAGACCGAAAGAGUUUCUGUACUGAAAAGAAGAAACAAGAAAAGUUGCACCUGCACUCAGUGUGGAAAGAGUUUGUCAAACAACUUUACUCUCAGUGUUCACAUGAGGAUCCACACUGGAGAGAAACCGUUCACAUGUGAUCAGUGCGAGAAGAGCUUCACAGAUUUAGGAAGUCUGAGGAAUCACAAGAACAUCCACACCAGAGAGAAACUGCAUGAAUGUGAUCAAUGUGGAAAAACAUUUGUACGAGCUUCACACCUGAAGAAUCACCUGAAAGUUCAUUCAAAAGAGAAACCACAUUCAUGUUCUUUAUGUGGAAAGAGCUUUUCAGAACUGAGGAAUUUAAAACUUCAUCAGACGAUACACACUGGUGUGAGAGAUCAUAUGUGCUUUGAGUGUGACAAGACUUUUAUUACAACUCAACAUUUAAAACUGCACCAGAGGAUCCACACUGGAGAGAAACCUUACAAGUGUUCAUACUGCGACAAGAGAUUCAGUCGGUCAGGAGACCUGAAAUCACACGAGAGGAUUCACACUGGAGAGAAACCGUACAAGUGUGAUCAUUGUGGGAAGAGUUUCGCACACAACGGAAAUUUUAAGAAACACGUGAACAUCCACACUGGAGAGAAGCUGCACCCAUGUGAUCUGUGUGAAAAAACAUUUCUAAGAGCUUCACACCUGAAGAGUCACCUGAAAGUCCAUUCAAAGUAGGAACCACAUUCAUGUUCUUUGUGUGGAGAGAGUUUUACUCGUCUUCAGAGUUUAAAAGUUCAUCAGAAGAGACACUGGUGUGAGAGAUCAUAUGUGCUUUGAGUGUGAGAAGACUUUUAUUACAAAUCAACAUUUAAAACUGCACCAGAGGAUCCACACUGUUUCACACAAACAUCUACUACACAAACACACUAAACACAUUCAGAGUAAAUCAUCUUCAGAUCCAGCACAAGUUAAAAACUUUAUUAAUCCCACAAGUGACUGUUAGCAUAGUAGCAUCAUAUAACAAACACAAGAUAUCACAUAGAAAUACA